GGCAGGGCUGGGAGGUGUGGGCAGCGUGUACGCAGCGGAAUGAGGGGCCGGGCAGGGUGCACAUGGACUUCAGUGACGGCUGGACCUCAGUGACCUCAUAAAGGCUGCUGGAAACCAGGUUCCGGUAGACUGGGGUGCAGUGCCAAGGCCAGGGCCAGAGGAGGCCUGGGACCAUGGAGGAAAAGCCACCACCAAAGCAGCCUGGGGGCUGCGGGUCUGAGGCACAGGACCAGCUUCAGAGUCUGUGACUCUGCCUUUCAGGCAGCAGAGGGCAGAAGACCAAGAGAUCCGCGUUGACACAGAGAAGGCCUCCACGGAAGCCUCAAAGGCUGCUCACCCGAGAUCCAGGAGAGGAGGGGGCUGGUAGGACCCAGAAAGGGCGGGUGCAGCAGUGUUCUGCCCUGUCGAGGCGCACGGAGCCCGCAGAAGCCAUGGCCACGAGGGCUGAACGGACGGCGCAGACGGCCAGGGGAGUCAAGGGCCCCUCAGCUGCCCAGCCAGCACAGUCAGGCCCAGAUGCCAGGUCUCAGAGAAGGUGCAAAGGUCUUCCCAACUCCUUCCCCUGGGGCAGCUGGACAGAUGAGAGCCUGCAGCCCCUGACAUGCCGGCAGCUGGCAGCCUUCCAGGACGUCUUCAGACUGUUCAGCUCCAGCCUGACCAGCACGGUGGACAUGCGCAGCAUCAAAGUGGCCCUGCACAACGCGGGCAUCCAGCUGAGUCCGCAGGAGAUGUGUGAGGCCCUGCGGCAGGCAGACCUGGACGGUGACGGAAUCGUCAGCUUCAAAGACUUCCUGGGCGUCCUCACUGACGACCACCGCUUGGCUCAGUGCAUGGGUCAGGUGAGAAGCAGCCGGGUCCACGACCCCCAGGGCCUGCAGACCCUGUUCUUAGAGAUGCUGUUCAAGUUGCUGACCCAGGGCCUGGUGCCCCCCAAGACCGGGCAGGAGGUGAUGAGCUACUACUUCAAGAAGCAGCGAACUCUGCGAGGCAGCCCCGGCUGGAAGUGCGGGUCUCGCGGCCAGGGCCGCCCGGCGCGCGCCCGCGCGGGCCCCAACUUCUUCUGCCAGGCCGCACGCCUCACCGGCCUCUCCAGCGCGGAGCUGGCGCGCUCGCUGCAGCGACUGCACCAGGCGGGUGCGCGCAGCCCUUAUUCUCAGAUACCAAAGCUGGCGGGGCGCACGCGGCCCGAACGCAGGACGCCGGGCGGAACCCCUCGCCCCGACGUCCGACUGCCCAAGCGCCGCCAACUCAGCCGCCCCAAGCUCGGGAGUAACCUGGGGCCGCUCUGCCAAGGGCCCCGGAGCCAGCUGCCGGAGCACCGGCAGCCCUGGAAGCUGGCUCCCUCUCCGCCGACUCUGGCGCAGAAGCAGCUCCUGUCCCCUUCGCCAACCUGUGUGCGGCGACCCGCGAUGAAAAGCUGGCAUAAGUAAAGCGUUUGCUAAGCGGAACCGGCUGUGCGUGCUGGGGGCGGGCACGGAACCGACGC